CGUAGUAAAAGGGUGAAGGUGUAUUGAUCAUAAAUACGAUCUUCUAUACAUAUCUAUUGUAUAAAUAUUGGGUUGAUAGAUGGAUAAAUGUUACAGCAUACAUUUUGUCUCUGCUGCCCCCUGCGGUCCAGACCACCGUUUCAUACGAGGUUGUUGUUCAUGCUGCAAUCGUGCACGUUCUCCAUUGGUCAACGGCAGCAAAACAGUUGACGUACCAACGGAAGUCAAAACGUCUUCUUGUUCUCGCGUAAUGACGCCGUGAGAAGACGGACGGAUCUCAAACCUCCGCCAGAAAUACAGAGCAGAGACAUGAAAAUGUUUGUUACAGCUGUGUUACAACUUUGUUUGUUGGGAUGCAUCAGGAGCUGGGAUGACGAUAGUGUGCUGCUGCGAGACAUUCAGGCAUUGACUCUGUACAAGAAUCGCUACACUACAGCGAGGCGUUCCAGCCCAAUUCUUCAGCUGAAGUGUAUCGGAGGCUCAGCAGGCUGCCAGGUCUUCAUCCCACAGGUGGUCCAGUGUCUCAACAAAGGCUGGGAUGGGGUGGAUGUACAGUGGGAGUGCAAGACUGAUAUGGACAACAUGUACCGGUUUGGUCACACUGAGGUGAGCUGUGAGGGCUACAGUCAUCCUGCUGAUGCCUACAUACUUAAAGGCUCGUGUGGACUCGAGUACACCCUGGAACUGACCAAUGAGGCUAAGAGGAGGGCUCAAGGCAGCUGGGGUUCCAACUGUGAAUUCAAAGGAUUUAGAGGUCUUGGUGGAUUUGCCUCCUGUAUCUUUAAUGGCUUUUCUGGAAAUGGGCAUCGGCAUCAGAGCUCAAACCACCCAGGCAGUGAGGACUCUGCAGACCUCCUUAUUGUUGCAGUGCUUCUGCUCUUAGCCUUUGGCAUCUACAAACUGUUCCUCAGUGACAACACGGUCAGGUCGGUGCAAGAUGGGGAACAGGCAGGGUAUACCAGAGAGGGUCAUCAUGGCUCCAUGGCAGGACCACCCCCCCCAGGUUUCAAACCUGACUUCACAGACUAUCCUGGUGCCCACCCAGGCUACAGUUUCCACAGUAGUCACAAACAACAGUACCCAGGAAGCCAGGCUGCUUCCAGCACAGGUGGGGGCUUCUGGACUGGUCUUGGAACGGGAGGGGUGCUAGGAUAUCUUUUUGGUCACCAGAGAAGCCAGACCUACAACUAUAAGUACUACAGUGACACUGGCAGCAGUCGUCCUCUUGCAAGGGACCCAUCCUCCUCUGGGACACGCAUCACCUCAGGUUUUGGGGGAACCAAGAGAAGAUAGAGGCUGUGGAAGAGGAUGCUUCCUCUACAAUGGAUGGGGUGGGGAUGGGGUGGGGGUGGGGGUUGGGGGGUGAAGCCUAUCUCAGCUGACUCGGGCGAAGGCAGGGGACACCCAGGACAGGUCGCCAGUCUGUAGCAGAGGCACAACCCUGGUCCAUCCAUUUUAAGAUUCUUCAGUUUAGUUAUGUAGGUGACCACUGAUGGUAAGAACGACGUGCAUAUUCACUUUACAGUAAUAUGGAUCACAAUGCACAACUUAAAAAGACAAUGAUAAAGCCAAACCUUAUUCAUUCAGAGUGGUGAUUUUUGUACAUUUGUUACAGUUGAUACAUGUAAGAGAUAGGCCAUUAAUCCAAGAAAGAGAUCCAAUUGCAUUCAGUUCUCUUAUGUCUCCAGUAUGAGAUUGAACUUUAACGGUGUUUGCUGCUCUACUAAGGCAGCAAGAGUUACAUAUGUCCUCUAAAGAAGGUAGGCAACCGCCGAUGAUCCUCUGGGCGAUGUUGACGAUCCUUUGAAGGGCUCUAAUGUCUGCUGCUGGUGAACCACACAAUGAUACUUCCACCUGGGAGAAAACAGCAACAAGCCGUAGUCCAUUAUCGACUGAGUGGCACUUCUAGAAAGUUUUAUAGGGGCAGCCAGAUUGGGCCAUAGAAAAUAUUGGGGUCAUUAAUCAAGAACAAAAGCCAUUAUUGAAUUUCAGGAAUUCUACUUUGCUCCUGUUGUCUAGUGGCUAGUUACAAAACAAAACAAAACCGUAUAUUGUGGUAUCAUAUUAUACAGUUAAUGUUCUUGUAACUGAUGUAGAUGGAGUAAUACUGGUUCAGUUAAUAUUUUGGUUAUUUGGAUGACAUUGAUUUAAAAUUGCCUACGAAAAUGCUGCAGUGUGUUUGACUUCACCCAUAUGGGAACAUUUCCACAGUUUGUUGAAGUUUUCUUAAACAAUGAAAAUUCUGUCCAUAUAUGAUGAUAACUGGGUGUCCAGGGUGUCCCCCGCCUGCGCCCCGAGUCAGCUGGGAUAGGCUCCAGCCCCCCUGUGACUCUAAUGAGGAUUAAGCGGUGUAUAGAGAAUGGGUGGAUGGAUUAUGGUAACUGAUCUUACUACAGCCACUUAGGGUGCUGUUUUCAUUGUUACUAAGCUACCCGUUGCCAUAGUUUCAUAGGUACUGUAAUGAUUACAGACAGCACAUUCUAUAUGAACCCACUUGCACUGUAAUGUUCUUGCUGUGAAAUGGAGAAACUUUCCAAGGAAAUUGAUAUGACAGAAAAAUAUUUAGACUUUAAUAAACAGAUUUGAAUUUCACAGUAAAACAGUAUCUGGAUGUUCCUUGUAUGAUUUCUGACAGAUAAAUCCUGAUAAGGCCGCAGCCAUGGAUUGGUAGUAGGAUCGCUAUCAUUUGAUCGUCAGCAAGAAGCUGACGUAGCGUUCAUUUGUUGUCAUAGUUACAGUGAUGGCAUGCCACUAUAUCACAAUGAUACAGGAAUCCUUAACAAAUCCGUGGAUCCAGGCUAUAAGUCGCAUCACUGCCAAGAUCUAAUCGCUUGGUCCUUGUGUCAUUUCUGACCUUCCCUGAAAAUUUUAUACAAAUCCAUUGGUCUAUUUGUGAGUAAUGUUGCUAACAGACAGACAGACAAACAAAUGUACCCCAAUCGUCCCACAACUUUGGUGCAUUCCUUGGCAGAGUAGAAAUGAUGAUGGAUUUUUUUUAAAAGAGUCCUAAAUAAAUAAAUUACUUGUUGAUAAAUAUUUACUUACUUUUUCUUCUUUCAGCAUCAAGCCUGUCCCUCUUUUAAAAGAAGUUCUCCAGAUACUUAUAUUUUUAAUUAAUUUUGGCAGAUUGGCAGCUUCAUUUAACAUUAAGUGUGGUAAACAAGCCCAGGCAGAAGCGACAGGAAGGCAAUUUAGUUAUUUUUCAAAAUAAAACACCCUGCAGCCUUCACCAGAAAUAAAAUCUAUAAUUAAAUCAUCUUCAUUCUCUCUGUGCGGCCAGAUACCAGUCCGCGUCCCGCUGGUUGGGGACCACUCCUGGACACCUCUAGCCAAAACACAGCGUUCUGGAAAUGGCAAAUGAAAAAGCUGCACACUAUUAUCAAUGAACAUGAACUGGCAAACAAUAGAAGGGGAUCUUAAACAUUUUGACUGACUUGCCUGAAAAUGAAAAUGGUUCUUUGGCCUUCAGGAGACUCAGUUGGAAAAUUUGACUGGGUUUUCCAAAACUACACACACACAAAUUGAACAAAUAAUUUUUGAAACCUAAAUAGCACAAUUUAAUUCAAUUUUAUUUGAUUUAUAUAAUGCUAAUUACAGUUCAAAUUAUCUCAAGAUGCUUUACAGAACCCAUAACCCCAGAGCAAGCCCUAAGAUGACAGUGGCAAGAAAAAAACCCUUUCGCGGGAAGAAACUUUGAGCAGAACCCGACUUUUAUAUGGGGGGACCCAUCUGCCGCUGGCAGGCAGGUUGGGAGCAUAGACCAGUCCUUCCAGGAUUUCGCGGGCGUUUUUGACGAUUGUUGCGGCCGAAAAUGCCUGAAUUCUCGGCAGCUUUUCUAAAAAAUUGCAAUAAAAGUUGCGAUGUUUUAAUCUUAUUUGUUGUGAUGAAACUGCGGGAGACAGUGACAACUGCUAAAAAGCUGCAUUUUUCCUGCUUGUAGAACAUGUUUCAACGCUCUAAUUGACAAUAUUUAUUCCAAAAUUAAUUAUUUUGCAUUCCAACCCAUUUCCACAAGCUGGCUGUUAUGUAUUGAUAUUAAAAUAAUAAUUCACCUAAACAAAUAAUUAAAAAAUAUUUACAGUGUAAUAGCACUAUUUUAUGUUACACCUAAAAAUGGUAUUACCUGUGCUUAGCCAGCGGAGUAAUAUGUGACAUUGUAAUGUGGCAGUCGUUCAGUAAAGAAGCUGUUGAACUUUA